AUGGUAUCACCUAAAUCACGAUCACACACGAGUGCUGAUCAUAUUGAAGAGUCCAAUACUACCGCCAGUCUGUUUCUAGGCGGCGUGCGGAGGAACUGGAUGGGCCCGCAGACUAACGUUCCGGAGAACUCGGCUACGCGAAAUCCUCGCGUUGAGGUUAACCUUCAAGCUCCUCCCAACUCUCUUUCCCAUGAACCUGUCUUAAUGUCCCCCGUCACGCCUGGUGAGAUCCUUACUCAACCUCCCUCACGUGGUUCUGUUCAUACCGCAAAAAACCCCAAUACGCGAGCGACGGCACUUCCCUCACCCGUACUCAGUACAAAUUCUCACCCAAGUCCCGCAAGCCCCGAUACGAUCGUUUCAAAUAGAAUCUCCACCUUGCCACCAAUCUCUACACAACUCACAGUACAGCGCAGCAAUAAUGAGCGCAUGGCAGUCCAACAGGCUUCUCUCGGCGGGCACGCCACGUCACAACGCGCGACCCAGUCCCCUCUAACGCGACCCAACCAAUCCACGAAUUCGCCCUCGGUCACAGACUUACUCGCAGGCGCUAGCACACAAGAACAGACAGUCUCGGCAUCACGACCUAGUUCGCAACAGAAUCAGCAGAAUCAGCAGAACCAGCAGAACCAGCAGAAUGGGGGAGCACAGGAAUUAGCCAUCCCUAAUGGGGCAUGGGAACAAUGGUCUGCUCAACUGGACAUCUUGGAAGAGUAUUUGUCUGCAAAGGGAGCAUUACCUCCUGCUCAUUCGAGGGAGAGGGAUGUUAUCCGGCCUCGGAUUAGCCUAUUGCGCCAGGCCAUUAGUCGUAAGGACGCUUUUUAUCUGGUGAUGCAUCAAAUGUACUGCCAAUAUAGCAUUGAUCCAACUACAUUGGGUCAAACUGGAGCCCCUGAAUCGGGCAUGCAAGCACUCACGGAUCUUCUGGAAGACAAUAAAAAGAUGCAUGAUGCCGCUACCUUUUGGUACCUCCAGGUGCUGUCCGGUCUUCCUGUGUUUUUAUCACGGUUUGCAACCAGAUGGCUGGGCAUCUACGCCCAGGCCCGUUAUCCCCCGUUGGUCUCUUAUCUUUGGUAUAUGCUGGCUUGUCCAUCUCCAAUUUUGAUGUCGGUGAUGUUCAUGUGUAUUGCACGGGGCAUUCACCAUGAGGAUUAUGUCAAGCCCCUUCUGGAGGUGUUUUGGAAAGAUUUAAAAGGUUUCUAUCAGUGUAGGGAUUUUGGACUUCCCGAGACCACUCAGCAGGCUCAUGACUGGAGUAUCACCCAAGAGUAUCUCAAAUUUCCACGUUUGCCUGAAUAUCCAUCACACACAUCAUCUUCCUCUCACUCCGCACCACCUCCCAGACCUCAGAAUCAAACCAUCUCUCAAGCCGCCUCAGGUGUGCCGUCACCCCGUCCCAGAUCUUCGGUCAGUGGUGUCAGUCAACUUGCCACUAAUCCACCUGCCCAGAGCCCACUUGGCGCACCUUUGCAGAAUUCCCCUUCAAAUUCGCCCCAGGGGCAGGUUGUUGGUCCAGCUGCUGGGUCCUCUCAAUUUGGCGUAAACUCACAAAUUCAGACUACACCACAAACUCAUUAUUACAACACCAUGUCACAGGACCAAGCACAAGGUCAGGGACAAGGACAAGGACAAGGUCCGUGGUAUCCGGUGAAUUCACAUGUGAAUCCACGCAUGAAUCCACAGAUGCAAAUGCACAUGCAGGCAACGCUUGGACAGAUAGCACCUUCUCAGAGGUACCGAGCAAUACCAGGUUCACAUGGUCAGCAAAUGCGGCUUCGAACAUUGGCACCUACGACUUCAAUAGCGCCUGCUAACCCUUCCACCACUUCACUCCAAUCGAGUGCUCUCACCUCUACACAGCCAGCGCAGUCACUCCACGCUCCAUCGCCCAUAUACACAAGCCCAACUACAACAAACAAUAUGGCCCAUCACCCGAUGCCACCACAAAGGCCUAAUAAUCAUCACAACCGACAGAAUUCGAUGACAGUGCAGUCAUCUGUUGCGCCGAGCACACGCGCGCCUCCUCAGGGACAACCUCCUCAUGGACAACCUCCUCAUGGACAACCUCCUCAUGGACAACCUCUUCAUGGACAGAAUUUCCAGCCUCUACCUAGCUCUGCCUUCCUCCCGCCCCCUGGCUACCGAGCACCCAUGAUGGUGACUCCAAACCCAAUGCGUCUCGGCCUACAUCUGGUUGGUCUUCGUGACCCCAUGAAGAGGCUAAUAAAACAGGGUCAAGAUGGCAAUGACAUUGAGACUGAGUUGUUUACCUAUCUCAAUACCUUCAUUGUCAACCCAACCGUCGUCGACGUUGACCAGCCGAUCUACACGUGGAAUUUCUCUUUCGCGGGUAAUGAGUGCCAAAAAUUCCCACACAUAGCUCACGGGAAAGAGACCCAAUAUUCGGUUUGGACCUUCAGGCCUGGCUGCCGGAUUAUUCGCCUGCGAUGCAUUCGUCUUCCUGGAAAUCCGGAUACUGUGACGGAGCAGACCUGGUCCACCACGGCCACUUUCUGGCCUAGUGUCUUUUACAUCACUGUUAAUGGCAAAGAGCUCUAUGUGCGCCGAAAGGUUCACAACGGAAAGGAUUUGCCUCUAGACAUCACCGAGCACCUCAAAGCAGGUGAAAACAACGUACGGGUCGAUAUUAUCCUAGGACAGGAUGAGUGCAAGACCUCCAAAUUCGUCUUUGGGUUGGAGAACAUGGAGGUCAGCGAGUUCGAUCAGAUACUCAGUCUGAUCCAGUCCGUCCCAGCGUCCGACUCUCGCGCGGCAAUCAAGAAGCGUCUUUGCCCCAUUACCGAUGACGAUGACCUGGCGGUUGUCACCGAUAACCUCACAAUCGACCUAGUAGACCCCUUCAUGGCACGCAUCUUCGAUGUCCCCGUCCGGUCACUCCACUGCAACCACCACGAAUGCUUUGACCGUGAUACUUUCAUCAGAACCAGGCAUUCCACAUCCGGCCAGACACCGAUGGUCGAUAACUGGCGCUGCCCGAUUUGCAAGGGAGAUGCACGCCCGCAAUUCUUGGUUGUCGAUCAGUUCCUUGCUGAGAUCCACGCCGUGCUCACCCGCACAAACCGACUUAACGGGAUCAGAGCAAUCCAAAUCAAAGUUGAUGGAACCUGGACCUUCAAGUACGACACCGAUGAGAUCUCGCCCGGCCCAGACAACAACACCUUCUCUGCAAAACGCAAGGCUGAGGACUCUUUGGGCCCUGUUGCUACGCGCCCCAGGAUCGACGUGUCUCCUGGUAGCCACACUCCGGUCGUCCGGACCCAAGAACAUGCAGUCAUUGAAUUGGAUUAA